AGGUGAUGGGACAAGAGAAGAAUGCUGCGCUGCAUGGUUGGGCCGAACGCCGUGCACGAGUUGAAGAAGAGAUCAGCCGCACUGCAGAGGCCACUCGAUUUCAAUGCGCCCUGGUGGAACGACGAUAUGUUGAACCCCCGGACGCCUUGGAGGACAUCGAAGCAACCGCAACAUGCGAGGAGGAAGUCGCCGGAAGGUUGUCCAACGUGGUCAGGAACACGCAAAGGCCUGAGCCCCCGCGCAUUGACGUGUCACAGCCGCAGGUUUUCUCGCAGGUGACGCGCUUUGCGCUAGAGAAGGGGAAACCAAAGCCGCUCAACUCAAGGAUCGCCCACCUGCGACGGAUCCAUGCACACCUGAUUGAUGACUCCGACCAGGAGGAGGAUGCAGGUGAGCGAGACGAAGAGAAUGAUGAGAUUGCCAUGUUGAGUGCCUACGCUCCGAAGAUGGCGACUCGGGUGGAGGAUGACUCGGAUGUCCUCGCUGGUGUCUGUGACUGGUGGAGGCAUCUUCAUGUGCCGGAAGAUCAGAAUGAUGGUUCAUCGGCCGCCCUUGAUGAGAUGCGCUUCAACCAGUUGCAGGAGGUGGAAGACAUCAAGAGAGUUUUUUCGGCCAGGAGCGUCCCGCUGAACGUCCCGAUCUUGGAGCGAGCAUUGGUGAUGCCCGCGCACAAGAUGAAUCCGGGUCAUCUCAAUGGCAUCUACCUGGUGAAUACCAAACCGGACUUGCUUUCCAAUCCCUUCAUCGCGAAGAAGAAAAAGAAACUCAAGAAGAAACGCAAGGGUGGUGCCAAGAAAGGCAACAAGAAGUCGCGCGGAACAUCGGCCAAAGGCAAGAAAAAGUGACCACGGCGUGGCGACUCGGGACCGGAGGAACCUCCCGCGCGAUGGCAGAGCUAAAGUGGUCAAUGGAUGUUUGUGCCAAACGGAUUUCGUUUGGAAAAGUGUUUGGUACAUUUUGGUACACUGUCACAUGGGUGUCAUGGUGAUGUAUACUUAGCAGCUAUUCCAAUAGUUCAUCUGCCGUGAACUGCAAAAGUCCCUUGGAUCUCGGAGGGAAUUCAAAGAUCGAUUCCUCCUUUAAAGCUGCGUGCAGAGAAGGAAACGAAGAUGGUGGCACGAGGGAGAGAGAGUGGGACUGCUGGGAGAAAUUCUUG